GCAAUUUUUGUUCUCAUCAGGUAAAAACGCAAUCCCUCCCUAACCCUUCAAAAACUCUACAAAUUUGUAGAUUUUCCUAAAACCUAUACAAGGUAGAAGGUACCUACUAAAACCCUAUACAUGUUAUUCAACAAACCCACCUGCAAAUCCCUAAAAAACCUCAUCUUCCCCUCUGAACAAACAAUCUUUUCCUUCCUGCGCCAUCCCCAUAACCCUCCUCACACAUACACCCAGAAAUUCAACUAUGUCGAUGUCUACAUGAAAUGGAAGAAAGACUCGUACUACGAUUCAAUCGAGCAAAUUCACAAGUCCAUAGUGCUUAAACCCAUCAUCUCUCUCAAGAACUGCAUUUCCCAGGACCCCAAUGGUUGCAUCCCAAUCUCUGAUGUGUCCAAAAGGGGCAUACAAUUGGAGGUCCCCAUGAAGGUUGCAAGGUUCGUGAGGCUCUACCCAUCAAUCUUUGAAGAGUUUACUGGUCCACAAUACAAUCUUCCAUGGUUUAGGUUGACCCCAGAAGCUGAUGAGAUUGAUAGGGAGGAGAAAAGGGUUUAUGAGGAUUGCAGGGAGGACUUGAGGGAUAGGUUGAAAAAGUUUAUCCUGAUGAGUAAAGAAAAGGUUUUGCCUUUGAAAAUAAUACAAGGAAUGCAGUGGUAUUUGGGUUUGCCUGAUGAUUUCUUGCAGCACCCGGAUAAGAAUCUGGAUGAGUCUUUUAGGUUUGUGGAGAUGGAAGAUGGGUUAAAGGGAUUGGCUGUGGAGAGUGGUGAAAAGGUCUUGUCUACGGUGCAAAGGAAUGCAAUGAAAAAAGGGGUGUAUCUUGGAGGUCCAAUGGAGGCAAUUGAGUUUCCUCUUUUCCCAUCUAAGGGUUUGAGGUUGAGGAGGAAGAUUGUGGACUGGUUAAAGGAGUUUCAGAAGCUUCCCUAUGUUUCACCUUAUGAGGAAUUUUCGCAUUUGGAUCCAGAUAGUGACAUAUCCGAAAAACGAGUUGUGGGGCUUCUUCAUGAGUUGCUUAGUCUCUUUGUUGAGCAUUCGGCGGAGAGGAAGAAGCUUCUGUGUCUUAAGAAGCACAUGGGGCUGCCACAGAAGGUGCACAAAGCAUUUGAGAGGCACCCCAGUAUGUUUUAUUUGUCUUUGAGGAACAAGACUUGUACAGCCAUCCUUAAAGAGGCUUACUGUGACGAAUCUACUAUUGAGAGGCAUCCACUUUUAAGGGUAAGGAAUAAGUACAUUAAUUUGAUGAGGGAAUCGGCGACGAUCUUGAAAACUAGGAGAGUGAAUAGCCGGUUCGCUGAUCGUUGGGAUUCAGGUUCUGAGAAUGAAGAUGGAAAGGAGGUGGCAGAGUGUACUUAGUAGAUGAUUUUCAGUACAUAGUCCAAUGGAAGACCGGUAAGAAGUUGCUUCUAAACUAAAAGUAGGAGAGCUGAAGAGAGUCUUCUAAUGGAGUUACAGAGAACAGGCUUAGUUACAAAGAACAUUCAGUAAAACAUCUUUUGCCUGAAGAGUUCAAAACAACAAAUGAGAAAGCUUAAAUCGACAAAGACUUACGCAGCGCAAUCACUUUCCGGAAAUGAAAAAGUGGAGAACAAGCUUGGCAUGGCAUGAGGGCGAUAAUAGAACUGAAACCAGGAGGUGCUUUUGUUGUUACAGGCUCGAAUGAUUUAUUCGCUUUGUAAAGCCCUUUUCUUUUCUUUUUUCAAAACGCUUUUAAAGCCCUUGGGAAAGCGACAAGGUGACAACCCUUUGUGUCUAAUUUGCCAUUU